GAGCAGUCAGGGUGAGUGGCUGAUGGGCAAGUUUUUGUCAGUCUUAGUGGGAUAGAAUGGCCCCAAGGUUAGUGCCUGUUUCCUCUGAACCCUGUUCUUGGCCAGGUCAGUUUUUCCAUCAUGAACAUAUGAUGGGGACCACCCCUUGUCACGGCGCUGUCAUGUUGACAAAGGUUUGCUUUGUCCUGUAGGCUCCCAAGAGUACCUGCUACACACUGGGCUUUCAAAUCCAGACAGAAAAACCCUCCCCUCCUGGAGCAGGCAUGAAUGAUCCAGAUGAAGAACUAGAGGUCCAGAGAGGCUGACUGUGUGCAUGGAGGUGACCCAACCUGGGAACUGAGCUGACCUGUGAACCCAGUGAGCAGAGCACGGGGACAAACACAGGCCGUGCGGCCAUGAAGCUGAAUGAGCGAAGCCUCGCCUUCUACGCGACCUGUGAUGCACCGGUGGACAAUGCUGGCUUCCUGCACAAGCGUGGUGGGCGCGGGGCAGGCUCCCACCGGCGCUGGUUUGUGCUUCGUGGCAACAUGCUCUUCUACUUUGAGUCGGAGGCGAGCCGAGAGCCGCUGGGUGUCAUCCUGUUGGAGGGUUGCACGGUGGAGCUGGUGGAUGCCCGGGAAGAGUUUGCCUUCGCUGUGCGCUUUGCCGGUGGUCGUUCUCGGUCCUAUGUGCUGGCAGCCGACAGCCAGGCAGCCCUGGAGGGAUGGGUGAAGGCCCUGUCUCGAGCCAGCUUCCACUACCUGCGCUUGGUGGUUCGUGAGUUGGAGCAGCAGCUGGCAGCCAUGCGGGAGGGAAGCCCUGCCAACACCUUGUCUGCCAACCCAAAUCCAAUCUCGAACCCGAGACCCAAGGAGAAUGGCCGGGCAGUAUGGAGCGCGCUGCCCGAACAACCCACUGCAGCCCCGAAGCGCCCACCGCUCCCACCCCGUCGAAGGGCCUCUGCACCCAACAGGCCCUUGGCAUCCUUCGCCCAGCUACAUGAGCACUAUGGACGGGAGGUGCGGGCCCUCAGGAGCCAGUGGCGUGGAGGCCAGGCUGGCCUAGCUGGCCUGGAGGUCUGGCAUCGUUCUAGCUCUGGUGGGACUCAUACCCAGGACCAGCCUUAAGGGGCCUACUGGCUGUGAGGGAAGCCUGAGUUCAGAAGAUCCUAAGUACAGUUCUGAUUGUACUCAAGCCGGGCUUUCAGGGGACACAGGACAUGUGACCUAGAAGACCAGACCUCUGGGGUCAGUGGCAAUUACUGCUAAGAAGAACCUGGGACCUCAACAUGCUUCAAGAGCUCAAGGAACUGGUUUCUAGAGAACUCUGCCCCAGGACAGCCCUGGAGCUGGCCACAGACAGGCCCAUGGGGCCCAGGGUCUACCUGGUGCUGGGCCUCACAGGGAUCAGGAGGCCUGGGCCUGGUAGCUGCUUCCUGGGCUGCUCACAUGGGCCUGAAGUAGCAGGUAGAAGGUGGAGCUUGGAUAGGUCUCCAAGUCCCCUGGCUUGAAACCAGCUGAGGCAGGACUUUGCCCGGCCUUGGCCCUGCAGGGCCUUUGAGAGCCACCUGACCUCCAAUCCCGGGCUGUGGCCUAGCUUCCUCGAAGGCUCACCUGGAGGAGACAGACACCUCCACUGAUUCCAUGCCUGCAGGGGGAGAGCCCAGGCACUGCUCCCUGCCACCCAGAUAGCCAGUGGGCCCUCUCUGCUGGGUCCAUUCUCACCACAGUGCUGGCUCUCUUCCAGUGUUGGGUGGGACAACCUGCCCCACCUGGGUCUUGUUUACAGUCCUCUUCAGUGCCCUGCCCUGGGGACUGGAGGACACUGUCACUCCAAUUUCUGUAUCAGAUGGACAGAUUUCACCCUGGCCCUGAUCCUCUGUCCUGGGAGGCCUUGGGUUGGGGUUCUGAAGGUGCAUCUGCCACCAGGGCCUCUUGGCUCCCUGCUGGCUCAGGGGCCAAGGCUUGUCUGUGGAUUUUACUUUGAAGUAUAUAAGGUAUUGCAUUUUCUUUUUUCAGCAGUGAAGAUUAGUAUUCGUACUCCUCUCCUUGUUACUGUUGGCUGGCUGGAUAGUAUUGUCCCCAGGGUGCCCAGCCCUAGCAGGAGACACACUGACGCCUAGCUGACUUGGCCUUUACCUCUUACUCUGUCCCCUGAACUCUGCUGUCUGCACAGGUGCCUCUGGGGACUUGGUCCCUGUCUUUUCACUCUCCCACUGGGUGGGGCUCAGGAUUUAUUGCUGGAGGGCUGAGGCAUAGACUCUAGUCUGGGUUUACAAACUCUAAAGGUACGGGGCAGAAGGUGAGGGCAGGGGGAGAGAGGCCCGCUUUUCCCAAAGCACAAAGAUCAAGUCCAGCUGAUUCUAGGGCUAAGAGAUGUCAGUCAUGGACAGGGUACGAGGGCCAAAAUAAAAGCUGGCUAAGUAAUGA